GCCUUCGAAUGGCGAUUAGGCUGGUCCUAUCCUAGGGCAGCACAGGAUACUGCUGCCGCCGCCGUCGGGAGGCCAUCCCGCGCCGACGCCCGCAGCCGCAGCCGCCAUCGCAAGCCACUCCCCCAUCGACGCCAACGCCGACGCCGUGAGAUGGCGCUCCCGCGCCGCUGACUCUCGCCGAUCUGAUCGCCCGACGGCCGCCUGUCCGUACCGGCCAUCACAAGCCGCUCCGGCCAGCCAUGCAUGUACAUGGACGUCUGCCUCGCCGCCGCAGUCACGGCGCUCCGCACUUCGCACCUGCGCCAACCUAGCGCAUCUGGCGCACGUCCUGCUCCUGUUUCGCCUCGCCUACAUGGCUACAUCUGCCACGAGUCCCUCAUCGUCGGCUGCGGCAAGCUCGUCUGGGACCCCCGCGCCAUCGCCACACACACUACGCCCUCUCCCUCAAGGGUCUCUGGUUCCUUCAUCUUCCUGCCCAUCCCACAGGUUCCUAAGCUUAGAAAAGAUUACAUUGAUAAGGUUUCUGUCCAGCUGAAAAUGGUAUGUGAAUCUGAUACUGAUGACGUGCUUUUGGAAGAUUACAUUGAUGAGGUUUCUGCCUGUUCCAAUGAUUUAGGAGCUUAAGGAGACCGUACCUUGCAUUUAAUUUGUAAACAAAUUAGGUAAAGCAGCUGGUUGUAUUUGUUGGCUUGUGCACAUUUGGUUUCUGAAUUGUAUUUGUGUAACCAAUCCAUGUUGGUUGUAAUUACUUUGUGAUGUAUAUAUGAUGUCUGGCACACAAACCAGAUUGUGCUACUGCUGUAAAUUAUUUUUGCAGAUUUUGUGAUGAAA